CAUAUGUUCAUAUCUGAUGUGUGCGUGUUGGUCUGCGUGCAUGUAUUGAUAUGUACGCACGUUUCCGAAAUACAUGGGGCCCGCGCUGGCAAUGUUUUAGCAGGAAACAUAUGUUUUUAGCUGACAGGGCUGGAGAGAGAGAGGGGCGACUGACUGGACAGAGCGGAGCAGCUGCACAAAGGAAAACAAAAAGGGAACUAGUGUGUUGUUGCCAGUGAGGCUCCGUUGGGGGGUAAAAUAAGUGCAGGACAAUAGGGUUUUUUAUUUGUGUGAGGCGAGGACAGCUUUCAAGGGACCCGUCCUCUUAAUGCUAACUGAAGACCACUUGAGAAGCCAUGACCAGAACACUUGGACUAUUAAUGCUCCUGUCUGCUCUCUGCUGCGCCCUAGCGGACAAUGUGGACCUGAUCCGCACUAAGAGAGGGACUCGUUUUUACAGAGGUGAGCCUGCCCGGCAGCCAUCCAGACGGACGCUUUUGAUUAUUCAUGUCGAGAAGUCUUCACCUUCAUUUGACACCUCCUUACUUUGUACGGAUAGUAAGACGUCAGCAGUGCGUAGUUUUGGGGACACUUGGCUGCGAUGGAGAGGACAGCGUGUGGAGUAUUGCCGUUGUGCAUUAGGAGGACGAGAGCGUUGUCAUGUUGUGCCCGUCAUCAACUGCUACGUGUCUCAGUGCUACAACGGAGGGACCUGUAAGGAGGCCGUGUACACUUCAGACUACAUCUGUCAGUGUCCUCCAGGCUUCAGUGGGACUCAGUGUGAGAUCAACACCAAUGAGAAGUGCGUUGUGGGGCAGGGUGAAGGGUACCGCGGCACCUGGAGCUCCAGUCAUUCACGAACAGAGUGCAUCAACUGGAACUCUACGUCUCUGAGAGGAAGGAGGUUCACCGCCAGAAAAGCGGAGGCCGGCAGUCUUGGAUUGGGCAAUCACAACUUCUGCAGGAACCCUGACAAUGACAACACUCCUUGGUGUUACAUCUAUAAAGGCACUCAGAUCGAAUGGGAGUACUGCUCCAUGCCCACAUGUCCAGAAGAUAAGUACCAAGAAUGUGUGGUGGGCUCCGGUAAGUCAUACAGAGGCACAACAUCCGCCACUAAGAGUGGCUCUCGCUGCCUCCCGUGGGACUCUCCUGCUGUCAAGCACAAGCUCAACAAUGCUUGGAAAUCAGAUGCACUAGAGAACGGGCUGGGCAGCCACAGCUUCUGCAGGAAUCCAGACGGUGACGUGGCUCCAUGGUGUCACACCUACAAGAACAUGCAGCUGACCUGGGAGUUGUGUGACAUACCUAAAUGCUUGAGACAUCCAUCCAUCAUCAGCACUCUUGGCCCACGUGCCCCUACCACUAACAACAGAGCAACAUGUGGCCAGCGCUUAGACAACACCCUGAAUCGCCCGGCGUUCCGCAUGUUUGGGGGCAGAGAGAGCGACAUCACAGAGCAGCCGUGGCAGGUGGCCAUUAAUGUCUACCAGGCCCGUCACAGAAAACACUUUCACCGAUGUGGAGGAGUCCUCAUCGACUCCUGUUGGGUCCUGUCAGCUGCACACUGCUUCGAGGACAAUGAUAAAGCAGAGAAACUGGAAGUGAUUUUGGGAAGAACGUUUCGGAAACAGAAUUCCAGCAGCGAGCAGAUUUUCAAGGUUGAGAAGUACUGGAAUCAUGAGAAGUUUGACAACGAGACAUUUGACAAUGACAUCGCUCUCUUGAAGCUGAAGACGGACAUUGGCAUCUGUGCUGUAAACUCUCCGGAGGUUCUUCCUGCGUGUCUGCCUGAACGUGGGCUGGUGCUGCCCGACUGGACCGAGUGUGAGAUCUCAGGCUAUGGAAAAGACUCAGAAUUUUCUGCAGAGUUCUCCGAGCGUGUUAAGAGAGGUUACGUUCGCCUUUGGCCCAAGGAGCGCUGCGUCCCAGAUGUGCUGUCUUAUCGCACGAUUACAUCCAACAUGCUGUGUGCAGGUGACACCCGAGGCCACGACGACGCCUGCAAGGGAGACUCCGGCGGCCCGCUCGUCUGUCGAAACAAUGACAAGAUGACUCUGAUGGGUGUGAUCAGCUGGGGCGAUGGGUGCGGGCAGAAGGAUAAGCCUGGAGUCUACACCCGUGUCACCCAUUACAUCGACUGGAUCAACAGCAAAAUUAAGGCAAACUCGGUCUAAAGGAAGAGAGACUGCAAAGAUGUUGAUGGAUGACCAUACCCAUAAACACAGCUGAUGUUUAUCAUUGAGAAGAUACACAGAGAGAUCCACAAGACUCUGAUUCUGUUGUUUAUCUGUUGAUCUAAAUCCAAACUGAUGGUGUUUUAAACCAGCAGGACCACUCCUACAGAGGCACACAAGAAGGACCUCAACCAUGAGUUUUCAUGCUCAAUGUAGCUCCACGUUUUCUGUUCCUUACUGUGUUGAAUGUGACGGUAUUUAUGGACAGAAACAGGACAAACUCUUUCCUCCUUCUGGGCCAUCUUGAUAAUACUUUUUGUCUCUUCAUGCAAGCAUGUGUUUUCUGAAUAUUUCAUCCAACAAACUGGAGGUUCAGGCAGUGAACCUAACGGGACAAAGAGCUCCUGGCUGGCUUUAAUGCUGGUUUAUACGAAGAAGUCACAGUGGUAGACUUCAGGUCAGUAGUGCUUUUAAUCCAAAAAGAACACUCAACACAAGCAUUUACUUUGCACAGCACAGUAACAAUAUGAAUGUAGGCAUUUUUUGUGCAAAGAUUGUGUUACAGACUUAUAGAUGUGAGGUUAUGUUGGCUUAAUUGUUGGGGCUUUAGGGGUUCCAGACCAAAACACAUCUGCUGGUUCAGAUUCUGCUUGUUUUUGCAGUUUGAACUCCUUUAGCUCCCUGCUGCCUCGUAGAUGGGAUUAGAUUUGGACAGGUGGAAGCUCUGAGAUAUUCACUCCAUUAAACAAACAUGUGCCUUAUUCCUUGUUCUCACUAUUUGUUUUUAAUUCAGAUUUCCAGAGCACUUCUCCACCAGACACCUGGGUUGAGCCCAGCAUGUAGAUAACAUGUAUAUUAUCUGAAUAUUGAUUUUUUUUUAUAUUGAAAUUACUUCUUUUCUGCGUUAAACUGCUUAUUGACUGCAAAACUUAUCUCCUUAACAAACUCACUUUGUUCUCUGACUGGGUUUUAGAUGUUUUUUUACUAAGUUAAUAUUUAUGUGUAUUUUAUAUUGUAUUGUAGCCUCAAGGUGUGAACUGUAGUUUGAUAAUUUAUUGUCUCUGUCAUUAUAACCACAUCUGGCAACAUACUCCUUUGUCAAUAAAUAAUAUUUGGAAUAAAUCUU